GUAUGUGCAUAGCUCAUAAUUACACCCACCUCAUUGACAGAUGGAUAGAAAGAGACAUCUUAGUUGUUCCGUAGGCUUAUUUUUUUCAACACCACAGGCUUUUGCUUUGUAAAACGUGUCUGUUCCUGGAGGAGCAGCUAACCUUGGAGGAAACUACGUGUCUGACUGACAUAAAAUUGGGCCGGGUAAUAAUUAACCUUGUUUCUGCGUUGCCUCAUCGUAAUUACAUGAUCUUCGUGUGCUGACUUUAAAAUUUCUUCCUGUGUUCUUCAGAAGUAUAGGUUGCAAAAUGAAAGCUGGCAGGAUUUAAAUUAACAGCUAAUUAGUAAAUAUGGCAGGUAGGAGGAGACAAAUCUGUAAGAAUCACUACAUGGGUGUUAUGUUUAACAUUUUGAUGCCAUUCCAGGUAUUUGACACACCACUUAUUCCAGAAAUAAUGUGCUAGUGGGUCUGAUUUAAAGGCUGAAUAAGUAGUCAGAGACAUUGCACACUCAUAAUAUGGGGAUGUACGUAAAAAGUUUAUUUCAAAAAUUAAUAUUUCAAACAGAUUCUGUGGCAAUCCGUCACAAAAAUUUGCUUGCAGAAGAAUUUGUUUGUUAAUUUGAAGUUGUUAAGCAGUAUUUUAAAACUCCAGACAUAAGAUUAGGAACGGUAUUUCCAGUAGAUUUAGUUAUUUUGUGAUUUCAGUAAAACUAAUAAAAGGCAUUGAUAAUUCUGCUUUAAUAAAACCAACCUUGCUGUUUGAAGACUUUCUAGGUUUUCAAUCAUCUUAGCUAAAAAUCACUUUGUAGAAAGAGAGCACGUAGAAUACAUGCAAAAUUGUCCCCAUGUAGUCACAGAAAGAGCUGUGUUUUUGGGGGGGGAUGAUUGCUAUUUUAAAUACUUAAUAAGCAUUUUGUCCUUCUCCUUCAGCUUAACCCAAAUGUAAGUGUAUUUCAGAGAAAAUUUGUGAAUGAAGUAAAGAAGUGUGAAGAAAUGGAAAGAAUACUUGGGUAUUUAGUUCAAGAAAUUAAAAAGGCGGAUAUUCCACUCCCUGAAGGUGAUGUUGCUCCUCCUGCCCCCUUGCUGAAACACACGUUAGAAAUCCAGGAACAGUUGCAGAAGCUGGAGACAGAAUUGAGGGAAGUGACUAAAAACAAAGAAAAGUUGAGGAAAAACCUGCUUGAACUGACAGAAUACACGUGCAUGUUAGAGGUCACGCAAAGAUUUGUCAGGAGAACAAAUGAGUAUGAAAACCGUUUACAUGCAAAUUAUGAAGAAUUUGCAUCUGUGGAAAAUGAGCAAUUAAUGGAUUACAACUGUAUGCACAGACUGGGCGCCAAGCUGGGAUUCAUAUCUGGGUUAGUUCACGUAGCAAAAGUUGAAGCAUUUGAAAAAAUGCUGUGGAGAGUCUGUAAAGGUUUACAUAUUCUUACAUAUGCAGAGCUGGAUGAGAGUCUGGAAGAUCCAGAUACAGGUGAAACCACGAAAUGGUUUGUUUUUUUAGUGUCCUAUUGGGGUGAACAAAUUGGCCAGAAAGUUAAGAAGAUUUGUGACUGCUAUCACUGUCACGUCUAUCCCUAUCCGAAUACCCUGGAGGAGCGCAGGACAGUUGUUGAAGGACUAAACCUUCGUAUUCAGGAUCUUCACCUUGUGCUGCAUAAAACUGAGGAUUACUUACGCCAAGUCUUGUGUAAAGCAUCUGAAUCCAUCUAUACGUGGGUUAUCCAAGUGAAGAAGAUGAAAGCCAUUUAUCAUGUACUCAACCUGUGCAGUUUUGAUGUCACAAAUAAAUGUUUAAUCGCUGAGGUUUGGUGUCCGGUGGCUGAUCUGCAGAAUUUGCGCCAUGCCUUGGAGGAAGGUUCAAGGAAGAGUGGAGCUACAGUUUCUUCAUUCAUGAAUACCAUCCCAACAACACAACCUCCUCCAACUUUGAUACGUACCAAUAAAUUCACCUCAGGGUUCCAAAACAUCGUUGAUGCUUAUGGAGUUGGAAACUAUGGAGAAGUUAAUCCAGCUCUCUAUAACAUCAUCACUUUUCCCUUCUUGUUUGCGGUUAUGUUUGGAGACUUUGGGCAUGGGCUACUAGUGGUCAUAUUUGCACUCCUGGCAAUACUGUAUGAAAAACACCCUAGAUUACAAAGAUCACAAGAUGAGAUAAUGAAAAUGUUAUUUGAAGGCCGAUAUGUUAUUUUAUUAAUGGGUCUGUUUUCUGUAUACACUGGAUUGAUCUAUAAUGACUGCUUUUCAAAGUCCUUCAAUAUAUUUGGUUCUGGAUGGAAUGUUUCAGCAAUGUUUGAGCAGAAGGUUUGGCGUCUUGAUGAUCUGAAGUCAAACCAAUUUUUAACACUGGAUCCAAAUGUUACUGGUGUAUACAAUGGAGCUUAUCCCUUUGGAAUUGAUCCGAUAUGGAACUUGGCAAGCAACCGUCUCAGUUUUUUAAAUUCUUUUAAAAUGAAAAUGUCUGUGAUUUUUGGCGUGACUCACAUGAUGUUUGGAGUUGUAUUGGGGGUAUUUAACCACUUGCAUUUCAAGAAGAAGUAUAAUAUUUAUUUGGUUUUUCUUCCUGAACUUUUAUUCAUGAUGUGCAUCUUUGGCUACCUUGUGUUUCUGAUCUUCUUUAAAUGGCUAGCAUACUCUGCAGAGGACUCUACAUCUGCUCCUAGUAUUAUGAUCCAGUUUAUUAACAUGUUCCUCUUUUUUGGAGGUGAUACCGAGGUCUUCUACACCGGACAGGUUACUCUACAGAGGUUUUUACUUAGCAUUGCUUUUCUUUCUGUUCCUGUAAUGCUUUUUGGUAAACCACUUUAUUUAUAUUGGUUGCACAGUGGAGGCCGAGGCAUUAGGAUGUACAGGAGUGGCUACAAGCUAAUUCGAAAAGAAAGUGAAGAAGAACUUUCUCUGCUGAGAUCUCAUGAUGUGGAAGAAGGAACCAGUCAUUUGGACAGUGGGCACAGAGAAGGGGAUGCAGAGGAGCUUAACUUUGCAGAUGUCUUUAUGAAUCAAGCAAUUCAUACCAUUGAAUACUGUUUAGGAUGUAUUUCUAAUACGGCCUCCUAUCUGAGACUCUGGGCAUUAAGUCUUGCUCAUGCACAGUUAUCAGAAGUUCUGUGGCAAAUGGUGAUGAGAGUGGGUCUUCGUGUGGAUACAACAUACGGUGUCUUACUGCUAGUCCCUGUUCUAGCCUUUUUUGCUGUGCUAACGGUUUUUAUUCUUUUGGUCAUGGAGGGGCUUUCUGCUUUUCUCCAUGCUAUACGACUUCACUGGGUGGAAUUUCAGAACAAAUUCUACUCUGGUGGAGGAUACAAGUUUACGCCUUUCUCUUUUAAGCACAUUUCUUUACAUUUUAAUAAAGAUGAUACGGCAUAGUUUGGUUGCUGUCAGAGGAAAUAUUUGGAAUUGUCUGCAAAUAAUCAUGUGAUUGGAUCUCACCUAUGAAUGGUUUCUUGUAGGACAAAGUGUUCUUCACUGAUUGCCUUAUAAUGCAGCCAAAUAAUUCUGUAACAUAUACCUCCCAUAGAAAUACAUAGCAGAUCUGGAGCAUCUUGUAAAGUAUAUAGAUAUAAAAUGUACAUUUUUCUUGAUAAACUAAUGUUGUAAAUUAAUUUUAUUCUUAAAAAAAAAAGUUGUUACUGCUUGUCCUAAAA